GUAUGAUAACAAUAAACAACCCUGAGACAAGAGAUACGCACCAACAGGACUUGUCGCUUCAAUUCGACACAAACAUAUUGGAAAUAUGAGCCGAGACAGCUACAGACAUUUGGAGUAACGUCUCGUCAAGUAUCGGGGGCGUUUUGUUGGUCCUGAUACAAAGGAUUUUCUAGUUUUUUGUGUCAAGCCUAAGGGAGAAGUAGAGUUACGGUUUACCCCUUCCUUAGCCCCCUUUAGCUAGCUGCGGCUCAUUCCUUGUUUUUGCACACUUUGUGUUACUUUGUUAUGCAGUUGCCAGAGGACUGUACUUGCACUCGUUCUCCUCCGCCACCUCUUCGCUCCCUCUCCCCGCUCUCUCUGGCCCUAUGUCUCGCUGGCUUUUCCCCUGGUCAGGCUCAAUCAAGAAGCGGGCCUGUCGGUACCUUUUACAGCACUACCUCGGUCACUUUCUGCAGGAACGACUGAGUCUUGACCAGCUAGGCUUGGACCUGUACAACGGCAGCGGAGUCAUCAAAGAAAUCAACCUCGAUGUCUGGGCAGUCAAUGAGCUUCUGGAGUCACUUGGAGCUCCUCUGGAGAUAGUGGAUGGCUUUGUGAGCAGUAUAGCAGUGACCAUCCCCUGGCAAGCUCUCCUGACUGAUCACUGCACCUUAGAAGUUUCAGGUCUUCAGAUAACAUGUCGACCAAAAUAUCGCACCAGUGGGGUCUGGGACUCCCAGGGUUGGUCAUCAAGCAUGACCUCCAGCAUGCAGCUGGCUCAGGAGUGCCUGAAGGAACCCCCAGAGGCAUCGGAGGAGCCCCCUGCCCAGCUGGAGGGGCUUGAGAUGUUUGCACAAACCAUUGAGACGGUCCUUCGUCGUAUUAAAGUCACUUUUAUAGACACUAUUGUUCGCAUUGAGCACCAGCCCCUGGACCUGGAAACAGGCGUUGCCUUAGAGGUGCACAUCAAACGGCUGGAAUAUUUUGACGAGGCAGUGCGGGAUCCAGCCAGCCAGACUGCCGUGCCUGUCGACAUCCACCAGCCACCCGCCUUCCUGCACAAGAUCCUUCAGCUGAGCGCAGUUCAGCUGUUCUAUGACAGCACCGGCACAGCACAGGUGAUAAAGGACCCCAAUGAGGAUGAACAUCCUGAAUCUGCUCGAGAACAAGAUGACGAUGAGGAGGAGGAGGAGGAGGAAGAAGAUGAGGAGGAAGAAGAAGAAGAAGAGGUGAAUCCCAAGACUUCUCCCUGUCCUCCAUCUCAGCCUCUGCUAAUCGGAAGCUGCUCUGGUUUCAUCGAGACCACUGUCAAGAUCAAACAGAACGACAUGCUGCCAGGACCAAAGUUUGAGCUGGAUGGGAAGGUGGGCUGUGUCCACAUGCUGCUGUCCCCAGAUCAAAUAACUCAUCUAACAGAUCUGCUGGCAGCGCUCUGUAUCGACACAGAGCCAGAGACGAAGCAUGGCGGCAUUUGCAGUCGUCCAUUAGACUCAGACGACCUGCGGAUGAUUGAGGAGGACCUCAGCAAGCAGCUUGGUUCCAGCCCCAGAGACAGGGAGUGGGAUGACGAGCCAGACAUGGAGCCCUACGUCACCGGCCUGGAGAAUGGAGAAAUGUUUUACUCCAUGGGUCCUGCAGGGAUGAACAGCAGUGUGACAUCGGUACGCUCAGGCAGCGAGCUGUCAGACAGCGAUAUGGAGUCAUCGACACAAAGUCUAGCCAGUUUCACACAGCCUGCAGUGCUCUCUGCACAGGGCAUGGUGAACUGUCCCAGGAGGUAUCCUGUAGCAGGCUGUCUGUCAAGUUUACCCCAAUCAGGCAUGAGGACCAGAGGACGCUCUCACAGCGGCCAGGCGGAGCAGCUGAAGCCCGAUGCUUUGUUGCGACUGACCCUUGGUGGCCUCACUCUGACGCUGCUACAGGAGGACCCGCCCUCCAGGCCAGACGGAGCCUCGUCAUUGGCUCAGGUGUCACAGGUGUUCUUCAGGGAGCUGGCGUUCUUCAAAGAUAGCAUGUUCAGUGAGAGAGACUUCCAUCACUUGAGAGGCGGUUUUGCUAAGGCCUGUCCACACUCUCAUCUCAGAGUGACAGGAGCGGCAGUGCAGGUUGCUUGUGAGAUGCGGAGCGGGAGACGCCACAGUCGAGCUGUGACCUCUGACCUUUCCUUCAGCAGACUGGAGCUGCUGGAGUGCCUCUGGGAGGACGGAGAGCCUCAGUACAGCGAGUUGCUUCAGUUCCAGAAAGCUGGUUUGUUCACAGUUGGAGCUGCAGCAAGACCAUGUGCCCAACUUCACUAUGGCCUAACUGAAAAGCACCUGCGCAGGGGUAAACAGCGAGUGGUGCGGCGGGAAAGUGUAGUUCGGGUGGAGCUGGCAGAGCUCAGCGCUGAACUGGACCUGGAUAUCAUCAGCCGUCUGGCAAGCCUCAGUAAAGCCUUCAGCCACUGUCCCACACAAACCACCGGUCCUGGACUCAUGCAGACACAAACCAGUGAGCUCUGCUCUUCCUUCACCCUCCUCUCCCCCCACGCCGUUCUCAGGCUUCGCUUCCCCAUACCCGACCUGCGGCCCCUCCCUAAGCGUCGACCUCCAACCCAGAGGGCGGUGCGGCAGGAGACUUUGGUCCUGGAGCUGACAGACCUGGAGCUGAAGCACCAGGAGGCUCCGGACCUCCGGACUGAGCAGACUGCCCCUGGACAGCCGUGGGCUCCCUGCCUCACUCAGCUGCUGGAGGCCUCCUUCACGGACCUACAUGGCUCAUACGAGGGCUGGGAGGGUGGCUCUUUCCCCUGUAUCAGAGUGAAGAAGUACCGUGACUCUCUGCCCAGGUUAUCAGUGCAUGUGCGUGGAGGUGAAACUCAGGGCCCUACAGGAGGUCUGGAUGGGAUGAACAUGGGUCUGAUCCGGGACAUGGGGGCCACCUUCUUUGAAAGUCACUGUGAACUCAACAACAAAACCAGCUCUCCGUUCUCAUCUAACCGAACCAUGUUUGAGACUGAGGAGAUGGUGAUUCCAGCUGAUCCGGAGGAGAUGCGUCAGUUUCAGGCACAGUGUGUCGCUCAGUGCCAGUGUGCUGUGGACAUCAGCCUGCCGCUGGCCUACAUCCUCCUGCCCAGCAAGCAGGCCUUCCAGAGCGUCUACAACAGAAUUAAUAACGAUCUGUUGAUGUGGGAGCCUCCUCCACCCUCGUCCAACAGCCCAGACCACAGCCGCCAUCAGCGUGACGAGUUUCAGCUCUGCAAGUCAGCCUUCAGACUCGACUCUGACUCAGAAGAGGACGAGCCUCAGUUCUACCUGGCCAGUGAAUCAGAUGGAAAAUCACCACAGUCAGCUCCCCGUCCCAACCACAACCUUAGCCUGCUCUCCCUCACUGUGAUCAUCGACAAAGGUCGGCUCCAAGCCAGAACGGACAAGAAGGAGGACCAGAGUCAUGGGGAGAUUGUGCUUGACCUGGAAGGAGGGAAGAUAUUUAGUGUUGCACAGCACCAAAAUGACCCCAAUCUCAGCUUCCUGUGUCUGGAGAGCAGACGAGUGGAGCUCUACCAUCGAGCCGUGGUCAAAGACACCCCUAUCCCACAGCGGUUGGAAAUGCCAAACUUCACACCCCCAAAGCACCUGGACCCAACCAUCUACCCCACUGAGGUGGGAGUGAGCAGUGUAAGUGGCAGGGAGGGAGAACAGCAGAUGUUGUCCACAGCCAUUAAAAUCACGCUGGACUCACACAGGAGCGUUAAGGAGUUUCUGGUUGCGCUCCGACUUCAAGGUGCCACCAUGCGACACUACAUGACGCAGACGAAUCACAGCUGGCAUGAGCAGCUGGUUGACUUCUUGGAUGUCAUCGACGAUCCCAUUCUGGGAUACACAGCGCCUGCCGUCAUCACUGUCCUCCACACACACCUUGCUACCUGUGCCGUCGACUACAGACCUCUGUAUCUGCCCUUGCGAGUGUUGUUCACAGCAGAGUCCUUCUCUCUGUCCAGUAACAUCAUCGUAGACACUGCCACCUUCCACCUCAGAUUCAUCCUGGAUGACUCUGCUCUCUACCUCUCUGACAAAUGUGAGACUGACACUGUGGACCUGAGGAGAGACUAUGUGUGUGUUUUGGACAUUGACCUUCUGGAGCUCGCCAUCACCACAUGGAAAGGCAGUGAUACAGGAAAACUGUCCCAGCCUCUCUUUGAGCUCCGCUGCUCCAACAAUGUGGUCCACCUUCAUACCUGUGCUGACUCCUGUGCUGCCCUGGUCAAUAUGCUGCAGUAUCUGGUCUCCCAGGGCGACCUGCACCCUCCACCAAGACACACCUCCCCCACGGAAAUUGCUGGCCAGAAAUUACCUCUGACAGAGAGUCCUGCAGCUGUGCUGCCCUGCCCUCCUGCUGAAACCGCAGAGAUCAACCAGUGUGACCUCGCUGAUGCCUUAAUAGACACCGAAAAGAGUCACAGAGAAGAGAGUGUAGAUCCAGGUUCCCCCUCCAUGCCCAGAGGCUCACCUGUCUCAGUCUAUCUGUUCCCCGGAGAAGCUCCAAAGGGCAGUCCAUCCAUCCCAUUGAGUGAUGACUCUGAAAUUGAUGGGCUGGUUGCCACAGCAACAGAGGCACAAGCAGACAUGAUGUCAGAGGAAGGCUCAGAGGGCUCUACAGACAACGACGACUUCUGCAUCUUAGAGGCUCCUGGCAUGGGCAUCCCCCCAAGAGACGGCGAGCCUGUGGUGACGGUGCUGUCCUUGGGGCCCAUCAAAGUGAAAGACAGUCACUUCUCACGACCUCGAGGCAGUUCAGACCUUCUCAGAGCCCCGAGCCGCUUCCCAGUGCCUCAGAACAGGGUGGUGCUGCGGGAGAUCUCUGUGGUGUGGCAUCUCUACGGGGGCAAGGACUUUGGCGGCAGACCCCUGUCUAUACAUGCCCAGCAUGCCACCAGAGGUCGGUCAGUCUCGGCUGGUGUCCGUGGAUCCCCAUCCCGCUCUGUUGGUUCCUCUCGCCCUCAAAACUCGUGGCGCUGGGCAGGAGGCAGUGGGCGUCAGCACACACUGUUGAUGGAGAUCCAGCUCACAAAGGUGUCCUUCCAGCAUGAGACUUAUCCAGUGGUUGUAACGGGGCAUGAUGGUGAGGGGUCACUGACUGCUCCGGUUGGGGUUUGUCCGGGUGGUGAGCAGCCCAUUUCCAGGCAGGUCUUCAUCGUCCAGGAGCUGGAGGUUCGAGACCGACUGGCUUCCUCCCAAAUCAACAAAUUCCUCUACCUCUACACCAGUGAGAGCAUGCCGCGCCGAGCCCACUCCAACAUGCUGACAGUGAAGGCCCUGCAGGUGUGUCCAGAGUCUGGUCUUGGUGGUCCAGAGUGCUGCCUACGAGUCAGCCUGCUGCCACUUCGACUAAACAUUGACCAGGAUGCACUGUUUUUCCUGAAGGACUUUUUCAGUAACUUAGCUUCCUUUGUUAACCCUUACCUUCCUGUGGACCCUGCAGCUGAAGUGAGAGCUGAUCCCUCCCAGAAGGCAUCUGAGGAGGCGGAGUCUGCUGCUGGUCUGGGACCUGACCUCACAGCUUCUGUUGAAACUACCUACAGCGAGCAGAGCUCCUCCUCUGCCGGCUCCACCUCUUCGUCUGAACAGCCCAUCUACUUCCGGGAGUUUCGUUUCACCUCUGAAGUGCCUAUCUGGCUGGACUAUCAUGGCAAACAUGUCGUCAUUGAGCAGGGAACGUUUGCAGGGAUUCUGAUCGGUCUGGCUCAGUUAAACUGCUCUGAGCUGAAGCUGAAGAGGCUCUGCUGCAGACACGGUCUCCUCGGCGUGGACAAAGUGAUCCAGUACGCUGUCACUGAGUGGCUCACAGACAUCAGGAAGAAUCAGCUGCCAGGCAUUCUGGGAGGUGUAGGCCCCAUGCACUCGGUUGUCCAGCUAUUCCAUGGAGUGAGGGAUCUGUUCUGGUUACCUAUCGAGCAGUACAGGAAGGAUGGACGCAUUAUUCGAGGUCUCCAGAGGGGGGCAGCAUCCUUUGGUACCUCAACAGCAUCAGCUGCUCUGGAGCUCAGCAACAGGCUGGUGCAGGCCAUACAAGCCACAGCAGAGACAGUGUAUGACAUCUUGUCUCCAACUCCUCCUCUGAAUCGCUACGCCAUCACUGAAGGUCGGGCUCCCUCCAGUCGGCCCCGCAGAGCUGCUCAGCCUGCAGACCUCCGAGAAGGUGUUGCAAAGGCCUAUGACACUGUCAGAGAGGGAGUGAUUGACACAGCUCAGACCCUGUGCGAUGUAGCAUCCCGCGGCCAUGAACAGAAAGGUCUACCUGGUGCUGUGGGCGGCGUGCUGCGGCAGAUUCCGCCCACUGUGGUCCGACCUUUGAUUGUGGCCUCUGAAGCCACCUCCAAUCUGCUCGGGGGCAUGCGGAACCAGAUCAAACCAGAUGCCCGUAAGGAGGACUUCCUGAAGUGGCGUACGGAGGAUAGCCAAGAAUGAUGACAGCCUUUUUUUUUGUUGUCCGUGUGAGAGCGAGUGACUGUAUGUGAGAGAUUAUGAUUGACUGAAGAAGCAAACCCAGGGUUUGAAUGUGCGUUUGCAUGUGUGUAUAGACGAAUGACAGACCGUUUGUGCUCCAAUGCAAAAAAAAAAAAAAAAGAAAAAUAACAAAGCAAAGACUAACGACUACUGCAGUUACUGACACCCAGUGUUAUGAGUCCCCAUCAAACAUGGACUAAUCUGCAUUCAACAAGAGCUCUCCUUCUUCUUCUUCUUCUCAGAGACACAGUAGUCUGCAGGUCCUCCCUUACUGUCAGUGCAAACAUAUCACCAUCACCCCCAACUGACUUGAUUUUCAGCUUAACCUAGGGCAGGUAGGACCAUCACUCUAUUGGUUUCAUGUUGGACAGAAAGACACAGAUUUGAGGCACUUUGUGGACCCUGAGUUCUGCUGCUUGAACCUGUUUUACUUUGAUUUAAAAUACUAAUUUCAGGCACAUUUUCAUCUUUGUGUACAGUGCAGUAUAAAGAACAAGGUAACUGUAAGGCCAACAAGUCUGAGACUCUCAUGAACCUUGGAAGAAGGUGAAGUCUUGUCAGUUCUUUUCCACUGAUCACUAUCUCCAUCACCUGAGAGGAUCCAGAAGAACAAUCAAAGUAUGAGUUUGUAGCUGGAGCAAAUCAUCAAGUGACGAGACCUGAGUUUUGUUGUGUUGUGAUGCUUUAUAGUGGAGGCAUAGAGAACAUUUUACUGAAGUCUCUGCAUGCAUCCCACAGAUGCUGGCAGUUGUUUUUACAACAUGUCAUUGGUUCAGCUGCUUCUCUCAGUGCAGUCAUUUGUGCCAUAAACCCUGCACAGUGUCCUUUUUUAUCUAGUUUGUGUUGCCUUCCUCAGCCCUGUACCUCCCUUCUACUAUUAUAUAGUAUGCUGGCUCAUAUUGAUCCACAUCAGACUGAAUAGAGACUAGGUCACAUGAAGCCUCUUAACUCUGUAGCACGGUGGAUUCUGUCAAAGCUUCGCAACAUCCGGUUGGUCACAGCAAAUUGUUCAAAUUUCAGCCAGUGGUUCUUCUACCUGCAGCUCUUUUAUGCUUCUAUUUCCAUGAAGAGUUACAGACCGGGGUUUGAAAAACAACUUCCUCUGAUUCAGAAACGCUUUUUCCACUUCUUUAAUGCCUUCCUGCAUUUUUUUUAAUCUUUCUCUUUCGUUUUUCUAAUUUUGUUAAAGUAUAAGUGUUGAAAUAAGAGUUAAGAGGAUGCGAACCAAGUGAUGUCAAAGGAUGAAAAAUUAGGGGGGAGGGGUGCAGUUUAAAAAAGUUUUACAUUUUUAUCUUUUUGUUUAAUAAGUGUAAGGGAUGUGUGAUCCUCUAUGUGUGUGAGAGAGGGUAUGUUUGUGUGUAUGAAUGACGCAUGUCUGUAAGGGUGACAGGUUAAUGCUCGUUAUUUGUUGUGUGUAAUUACUAUUUACUAUAUCAUAAACUGUAUGAAUGACCUGUAUAAUACAAAGACAAGAAAUAUACAAAAUUAAUACAAAAAUUAAAAAAUCAGUAUAAAAAGUGAA